AUGCUUGGUGCUCGUAACAAGGGUACUGUUACCGAGAUUGUAACUGAUUCAGAUGAUUCUUUUCUAUAUUAUUUAUUUGCUUUUGGAGUAUGUAUUGAAGGAUUCAAAACCUGUUUCAGACCCGCAUUUGCGGUUGAUGGUACACAUCUUACAGGGCCACGCCAAGGAGUUCUACUGUCAGUCGUUGGAAUGGAUCCCGACGAGUCGAUCUAUCCUAUUGCUUUUGUUGUUGUUGAUUCAGAGAAUAAUGAAUCUUGGGAAUGGUUUAUAAGAAAGUUAGUCGGAGUACUUGGCGAUAAGUAUGUUAUGAAUGAAGAUGUUGUUGUGGCAACAGACAGGCACCCAUCGAUCGGUAGAGACAUAAGGUUGGCAUUUCCUUGUGCUAAUCAAGUAUACUGCAUCCACCAUCUUUCAGAAAAUAUCAGACAGACCUACCACAACGCCACGACUUCGGUGGCAUUUAUAAGAGCUGCAAAAGCGUUUAGCAAUGAUGAGUAUGAACUUGCUAUGAGAAACCUAGGUUUAGUGAGCCCCGCUGCUUUAAAAUCUGUAGUGGAUCUUGGACCGGAAAUGUGGGCCAGGGUGAAGGCUAGAACAGGUCGUUUUACUCUCAUGACUACAAACGCCUGUGAAACUUUCAAUUCAAGAAUAGCUGAUGUUAAAGGUAUUCCAAUCUGUCAUUUAGUCGAUUACAUUCGCAGGUUCCUUAUGGAAUGGUUAUGCGAACGUAGACAACUAGCUCGUGAUCGGCAAGAUCUUUUGAGUCAACAUGCACGGGAUAUAAUCAAAGAAUUGUGGGCUGUGGAAAAAAGGUUUGUUGCUUGCCAUGUCGAUGGGGACGAAUAUGAAGUGGACGAGGGUGACUAUGAAGAGCAGCACACCGUCUAUCUUGACCGAAGGUCUUGCACGUGCAAAGUGUUUGACUAUCAGCAUCUUCCGUGUCCCCACGUACUUGCAGUGUGUGAGACAUAUAAGAUAAAAGAAGAAGGCCUUUGUGGGGAAUAUUAUAAAACAUCGGUUUGGAGAUCUAUGUAUGAACCUAAAAUAUAUGGUGUGCUGAGCCCAGAAACUUGGGAUGUCCCAGCGGAGGUGGAAGAAUGGGUGGUGCUUCCUCCAAAAACUACACCGGAAGUUGGUCGUCGGAGCAUCUAG